GGCGCUUUCAAAAUCAUCCCACAACACGAAACGCUUGUUCAGUAUCAUACUUCGAAAGGCAUCGGUUAGGUCGACUGAAAUGUCACUUGAGCAUGAAGCACUAAAAACAGACAUGACUAAUUAUUAAAAGGUUAUUCCUUGCAACAAUAAUAACCCGAGGAAAUACUACAAUUACUUAGGAUUUACCUGUGACUUGACAUUUCGUUGAGCUUUACUACAGUUGUUGGGAUCACAGAUCAAAUUACAAAGCAACAACAGAGCCAAAGUGUACACUAAAAAACAGAGAACGCUAAAUUAAUGGUUUUGGUAUUUAUUUCGUGCUUUUUUAUGUAGCAUAAGAUGACUUAUAUAUGAAAAAACUUGAUACUCAUGCAAUCCAACCAGCCCACGGCAAUUGAAAUACGGAAUGACCGCCUCUAGUCAAGACGUUCAAGGUCGUUGAAACGAAAGAGCGGGUGCAUUUCAAAGGGACCUAACGUUUAAACCUUGCCCUUGAUUUGACCGCUUCUGAAAAUUUUCACGGAUUGUCGGUGUGAUGCACCAAUCAUCUUGCGACGGUUUGACCUUCAAGUGCUCGCAACCUCCCACAGUGAACGAUACCCCUGAAGCGUUCACUAUUUGUCGUGCAUUUUACCGUUCAAUUGGCAGUUCAGAAAUAUUCAAGAUAUUCAACCAUCUUGAUGUUUCAUGAUCAAGUAGGCAUUUUCAGCUGAUCUCUCCCGAUUCUUCACUUAACAUAUUAUGCACUCAAGGUUCGCUAUUUAUUGGAGAAACCAAGGAAUGUUUUUACAACAUCGUUUAUGUUUCUAUUCGUCUAAUCAUCCCAAGCAAUCACCAACGUACAACGAGGUUAACAUAUUGAUGAUCGAUCGGAAUUUUCAGAAGGUCCUCUUUGAUUGUCAAAAAUACGACUAUCAAAAGGCUUCAUUUGAAAUACUCCAAGAGUUCUGUCGCCUGGGAAUUGACAUUACAUCUAGUAGACACUACAAAAACCCGCUUUAUUUUAGUAUUCCUGAUCUUAGUGGAAGCAAUGUUAAAGAACAUUUAGACUCAGUUGCAAAAGAGCUUUCUCAUCCUUAUAUGAAAUUGUUAGAGAGUUUUGGUUCCCCACCAGAACUACCUAAGAUUUGGGAAUCGUCGUCUGGAUGGACAAAAUAUAGAGGUGACAAAACAUAUUCAGUCGAAGCACCACUUGAAGAUGCUCUUAUUUUUGAUACAGAAGUUCUCGUUAAAGAAGGUCACGUACCAACAAUGGCAGUGGCUCUUACGUCGGACGGGUGGUAUUCUUGGACUUCAAAACGUCUUUCCGUUUACGAUGAUAAUUGCUUAAACGAUAUCAACGCAUUUAAUUCUCUUAUUCCUAUCUAUGGUUCAAAAAAUAAAGAUAUUUCAAAGUGUGUUAUUGGACACUUUGUUAGUUAUGAUCGUGCUAGAAUAUUGGAAGAGUAUCUUCUGGAUGUAUGUACGUUUACUUAAUUAUUGUUGAAUCAUUAGGGAACUGGACUUCGAUUUGUGGAUACUCUUUCUCUUCAUGUUGCUGUAUCGGGUUUGACCAGUACUCAAAGGUUCCUUAAAACAUCUGCGGACAAACACCUAUUUAACAACAAGACGUGGCAAGAGUUUAUUGGAAGGAAGAAUGAUAGACAACCACUAGAUAGAAAGCCUAAUACAGAAGCUCUUGUUAUGGUAAGACAAAAGUACUUCAUGUUUUUUAAUCAGUGCUAUUCCUGUAUCAUUCCCAUGUUUAAUGCCCUAAUUCUUUUUAAAGAAUUUAAUUCUUGUAAAUAAUUUGGUUUUACUGCUUCUGUAGGUGACACAUUUAGGAGUUUUUAUUACUUCACUAUACUAACGACUUUUAAAAAGGCAGUUCUCACUGAAAAUAUUUCAUAGGAUUCCAGUCUAGAAUGCCACUAUCCACAGAUGAUAUGGGUAUGAAGUUGAAGAUUAUGCAUAUAUUGAUCAGUAGUGCUUGUCAAUUGCAUCGAAAUAACUUGACAGUUACGUAGUAUUUUUCAGUAUCUAUUUGUGAUCGAAUUAUUUUCUGAGAUUUGAAGAUUAUUUCAGUCCAUAAAGCUGAAUUAUUUAGAUCAUUUGAUCCUUUGGGUCUAACUAAUUUACGGUACUAACCAAUAUGACAAAUCUUUCACUACCAACCAGCAGUACAUUUUUUUAUAGUGACUGAGUCAUUACAGAGGAUAUCCUAUUACUUUUGGAGUCGGUUUCGAUUGCACUUAGGUCACAUUUUAAGUGCGUAUAUUUUAAUUUCCUGGUUAAGAUACUCAGGAAUUUCUGUAUUAGGUUUCAUUCAGUCUGCGCAGUAGUGGAAAUCAAAGAAACGAGAAAGGUAGUGGUGUUAGACGACGGUUAAAACUUUAAAAAAGUAUUAGAAAGUCAUCUAUUAAUAGAACUGUAUCCGAAAAGAUGGAACCAGUCUACAUAUCUGGAAAAAUGUACGAAACGCUUAAAGGAAACAGUUCAACCGAUCUUCAACUACUCUCCAGUUAUCCACUAUUCUUAAACAACAUCAGUAGGUGAUUGAUAUAAGCCAUCUGAUUCAGCGAUUUUGAAAAGGUAGUAGUUGAUUUAGAUCAAAGGAGAGGAGUUGGACCUGAUGGAUUACGUGUAGAAGAAUUCGAGAAUGACUAUUCUUUUCAGUCUUUAAUUUAACUGAGGCGUUGAUUGAAGUCUAGUAAUUAUAUGUAAUCCUAUAUGGAUGCUAUCGGUCACUGGUUGUUUCAGUUUAUAAGCAAGAGUAAAAGUAAUCUAGUGAUUUGAAUUUUAUUUACUCUUGUCAUAACCACAGAGAAAUCUAUUUGACCAACAUAGUAUCUAAAUAUUAAUCUUAACAAUCAUCUGUAGCUUAACUGGAGCUCGUGAACAGAAAACUAGAAAAAACUAAGCUGGUUUCUGAUCUGAUUGUUGAUGUAUCGAUCACAUACGUAUUUUCCGUCAAAAUUCAUGACUAUAUCUACCUACCUACGCCCGACUGUAGUUAUACUUCUUGGUCUCAAGGCUAGAUUCGACCGGAAAAUUUUAUGUUAUUGUUUGACACUAAAUGAUGUACCGAAAAUGUGCAUAAACCUUGUGAAAGGUCCUUGAGCAAACAUUGUUGGUCGAGUCUGAGCUCAUGGGGGAGCGGUCAUCAUAUUAUCAAGUUGCCCAUCAUAAUGUUAUGAUCUAGUUCUAUUCAGUCAUAAUCUUUCACUUUCUUACGCUCAGCCUCAACCAACCAUGCGAGAGUAGAUGGACUAAUAAUGCGUAGGAAUAUUUGUGUCAAAGGCCGAAUGAUGAUGCACUUAAAUCAUUUGUAUGUUUGUAAAAGUUAUUGGAUCGAUCUAGACAAAUCUGUAGGUUAUUGCCGUAUCUAGGUGAAUAAUUUGCUCACUUAAAAUAACAUUCCCAAACUUUCAUUUUCCACACAGGAUAUUGGGUUGAGACAGCUGAUUUCUUUCCUUUUCCUCAGAAUAGAUUUUCCGUUCAGUAUAAUUUUUUACUACUAUCGAUACUGCCACUUCUACUACCUGACCAUUUAUCCUGUUGUUUACAUUUCGUUGUAUGGAUGUGGCCCGUUCAUUUGGGUUGAUGUACAUUUCCAGAUUCUAUGUCCCAUAAGGCCGAUUACUCUCUGUGUGUAGGUGUGGGGACUUAGGUCAGUGGAAUGAAUACCUCGACGUCUGAGGAUAAGCACGGGAUACAGUGGAGAGGCCGGAAUCAAUUAGAAGAUUUGGACAUCGCCGAUGACCAGGUCCUUCCAUCCCAUACACACGAACAAAUGCUGGUGAAGACAACUAGUGUAGCACCAGCUUCUGCAUUAAUAGCCCUCAAUAUACACAAGGGAAAAAGCAAGAUCCUCAAAUGCAACACCGAGAACACCAACCUAAUCACAUUGGAUGGAGAAGCUUUGGAAGAUGUGGAGUCUUUCACAUAUCUGCCCGGAUAAACAUGGAGGAUCCACUGAGGACGUAAAGGUGAGGAUUGGCAAAGCAAGGUCCGUAUUCCUACAGUUGAAGAACAUAUGUAACUCAAAGCAACUGUCAACCAAUGUCAAAGUGAGAAUCUUCAAUGCGAACGUCAAAACAGUCAGUUCUACUGUACGAAGUCAAAACAUGGAGAACUACUAUAACCAUCAUCAAAAAGGUACAAGUAUUUGUAAGCAGUUGUCUACGUAAGAUACUCAAUAUCCGUUGACCAGAUACCAUCAGCAACAGCGUACUGUGUGGGAGGACAAACCAGCUUGCAGCUGAAGAUGAAAUUAGGAAAAGAUGUUAGAAGUGGAUAUGAUAUACAUUACGGAAAUCACCAAACUGCAUCACGAGGCAAUCCCUAACUUGGAAUCAUGAAGGGAAAUGGAAAAGAGGGAAGGUCAAAGAACACACUGUGUCGAGAAUCGGAAGCAGAUAUGAACAGGAUGAAUAGAAACUGGAGAGGAUUGCGCAGGACAGGGUUGGAUGUGGAGUGCUGGUGGGCGGCCUAUGUCCCUCCAGGAGGGGUAACAGGCGUAAGUAGUGAGUAAAUAAUCCAAAAAGCUAUGAAAACAACCGUGAUAUCUAUGUAGUGGCCUUCAAAUAUCUGAAUCCAGGUAGAUCGUAUGAAUGAUUGUUGUCAAAGUAUACAUCCUGAUUAUCCUCGUAUAUAAUCAUCAACUUAACUUACGUUAGUGAAUAACGGAGUUAAAUAAGUCAAAUACGAGAAUGGAUUUCGAAUACGUAUAUUUCAUACAAUCAUUGAUUCAGACAAACGAUAGGAGAAACGAAUCGAGGAAAGCGAAGUGACGAGAGUGAAGCGAAAUGACGCGUGGUGGAGGAGGCGUGUGAGCCAACUCGAUUUAACCAAGCGUUAAUCGAUACCCAUAGUCACACAAAAUAAGUUACAGACAUUUGAUUAGUGGGAUAAAAAAUACACACAUGCUCAUAUAAAAACAGUCAAAGCUGAUAAGCGAAUAUUUAACAAGGUCAAAGCGUGACUCAAGAAGAAUAAAUAAAUUAGCCUGUUCGGAAGCUAUAAUAAGCUAUAUGGGCUGAACAUAGCAAUCGAUACUACAUAUACUAGUAACUUAAACUAAAAUGUUAGUGACAAUUAGAUUUUAGCCCCAUCUAUUGAACUAAUAGAUGCUCGGAUACCCAUCUCGUCUGGCUCAGAACACAAUGAGUGGAGGCAGGUUAUAUGUAGAUCGAUCAAAAGCCUACAUAAUGAUCGUAAGCAGUGGAGGGUAGCGAUAGCAGGAGAAAUGGAAAAGGCAGCAGCGAUAGGUAACAGUAGGCAACUGUUCAGACUUAUCAAGGAAAUGACCAUUAGAAAUACGGCUGCUAGUGAAACUAUUUCGGAAAGAUACGGGACUAUUAUUUACUCUCAAUUCAGAAGAUUAAAUCAAUGGACAGAACACUUUAGGAAACAGUCCAACUGGCGUUCAACCAUAUUUGAGUUACCCACUAUCUCCAAGCAACCUAAAUGGCAAACUAAUGAGAACCCUCCAACUCUUAAUGAGGUUGAAACAGCUAUCAGUAAUCUAAAGCAAGGGAGAGCAACAGAGCCUGAUGGACUAAUCAAGGGAGAUUUUCAAAGAUAGUGGUCCAGCUUCAGCUGUUAAAUUAACUGGGAUCUUAGCUGAAACCUGGGAACUGGACCUAAUUUCAUCUGUCUAGUCUCGAUCACUAAUUGUCCCAAUUUAUAAUAAAAGGAUAAAAGUCCUGUUGUAAAAAUCACAGAGAAACCACUUUACCUAACAUAGUAUACAAAAUGUUCGCUUCAAUAAUACUUCGAUGUCUAACAAUAGCUUGUGAAGACCAAACCCGAGGAACUAGGCUGAUUUCGGACCUGGACGUGAAGGUACAGACCAAAUACUCAACCUUCGGCAAAUUCCAGGACAAUCACAUUCUUUUCGACGUCACGGAAUACUGAGGAUGAUAUUAACCGACCAGGGUCUUUGUUUUGAAAGUGACGAGUUUAUAGCCCGUCUAAAGCAGUUUGGCAUCAACAGGAUACGAACUACUCCAUAUCAUCCUCAAACGGGCUUACAGAGAAAAACAACGGACGUUAAAUGAAUGGUUGGCAUCUAAAGGAGGAAAUUGGGAGAGAGAAUUAAAAUUGAUUUUUCUGGCACAUCGUUCCUCCAUACAAGGGACAACCAAGAAGUCACCUUUUCUGUUAUAUAAGGUAGACAGCCACGACUUCCUAUGCAUAAUAAGAUCUGCCUACAACAAUAGAAGUGGACAACAACAAGGUCAAGAAAAGAGUGGAGGGAGGUAAUAAGAAACGUGGAAAAGAAACAAAUAUCAGACAUAAAGAAGGCGGAACAGCAGAGGAGAACGUGGAAGCCUUUUGCAGUGGGAGACCUGGUAAAGUGUAGAGAACGGAAAAGUAAAAUAACAGGGGGAUCAGGGUCAGAAAAGCUGAUCCCGAAGUGAGAAGGACCGUAUAUUGUCACGGAGAGACGUGGCUCGGUUUACACGAUCCAUAGAGAAGAAAAGCAGAAGCACGUAAAUGCCAGUCAACUGCAGAGAUGGUUUCAAGAUCAUCACGAGUACGAGUCACGAACAGCACCAAAGAAGACAGCGAUGUGGCGAUCGGAAAGACUACGACGACACCUUAUUAAAAGGGGGGACGAGUAUGGUGUGUGUUACUUAUAUUGAAAUAAGUAGUGUAUAACUCGAGUCAGGAAUAUAAUGUCUGGCAGCAGAAGAUUGAGAUCAAGAAGGAAAGAACGGGAAUAGAAAGCAAUUGGUAUGGAAAUGCAGAAACAAUGAAGUCUGGGACAACUAAUGAGCAUUUUGCAAAUUAAGUUUUAAAGUAUGGUUUUUCGAUUUUACCAAGUAACUGUAAAUUUGUGCUAAAUAUAAUUCGGUUGUCCUCAUAUGUGUUCUCCUUCACUACAGAACAACGCACAACACAACUGUCUAUUGGGAUCCAGUCUAACACAAUCUGUUCAGGCGUUCAUGAUCUCAAUCAACAACCUGUUCUGCUUUAGAACUUAAUUCUAUACCUACACCAGCGAGGUCAUGGGAAGUAGCAGUAAGGUCUUCAGAUAUUCGAGGGGUCAAUCGUGAUGGUCCUUUCUAUUGACAAGGUGAGAUCAUAUAAAUGACUGUACUUGGGUCCUGUAUAUGUGUUUUGAAGACGCAGCAUACACCGAUGUUACUAGAUUCUAGAGUCCUAGCUAAGGAAACCUUUUUUCCCGUCUGACACAGUGUUCGAACAUUAAAAGCCCCAACAAGCGUGACCUCAGAUCAAGGGAUAACUGCUUAGGGCCAGUUGCACACCGCCUUUUCAUCAGAGGUUUUUGAUGUGUCAUCUCCGCACUUCAAAAGGCCCUACCGCCGAAGACGGGAAUCCGUGGGGUAAGGUGAGGCGUGACAUUUUUAGGGUUGACCUUUUCUAACCCCUUCCUUCCUUGUGAGAAGGCAGCAUCGCUGCAGAUGCUGGUUGCCCGAGGGGAACACCUUACUGCUGUCACACCCCUCUACAGUCAGCAGUAUGACUUCGUCCUCAAACCUUGAGUUGUUGCUUUUAGUCUUACCGUUCUCCAACCGACCAGCCUAGCAUUUUAGGACCUAAUGGAACCUACGUUCCAGCCAAUAUAGCUCGGUUGGGUCAUCACGAUAGGCAAGCUCUACUGCUACCUCAAUGUAGAAGCAGCGCUUCGACCACAUGCAUCUUAUUGUAAUUUUUGGUUCGAAGAAAGGUAUCCCAGUUUAUACUGCUGACAGAUUAUAGUUCUGGGCGUCAAUGUUUUUUAGCUAUGAUUUCAAUAUCAAGUAUCAGUCAAAUCGAUACCCUCUCUCAUUUAAUCGGACUUGAACACCCUGGACUGUAAGACAUGAUCAUUGCCUGCAUAGCUGUAGAUCCAGAAAUAAUGUGUGUAUUAGCAGAUGUCAUUCGUAAGACUCCAGUGUCAUCAGGUGAAGUCAGUGUAAAAUUGUUCGAGACACAGUCCUACAUAAAGUCAAAAAGUUCCACUUAGAAGGGUGGCCGUCGAAAUUCAGCUGCACAGAAUUUCAAGCGUUUUACCAGCUCAAUCAUUGAUGACUACCUUCUGUUAGCUGAACGUGUCAUAUUCUCAAAGAAGCUGGAACCAGCAGUGCAUGAACAGUUGCAUGCAGUACAUCUUGGAACAAAUCAAAUGAAAUCGCUAGCCCGAAGUUAUGUGUACUAGCCGCAUUUAGACAACCAACUGGAUCAAUCCUCUCGUCUUUAUAACAAAUGCGCAUUGGCAGCAAAAGUGCCGCGGAAAGCAGAGCAGCAAUCAUGGUCAAUACCAUAGUCAUCGUGGCAACGUAUACACUUGGGCUCCACUGGCCUACUUCGUGGACAAGCUUAUGGUAGUUGAUGCAUACAGUAAGUGGCCAAAAAAUUUUCUUAUGAAACAUUCAACUGCAAGCUAUACUGUCAGAAAACAAUGUCAACUAUUCAGUUGUUUCGGGGUUCCCUGGUUAAUAGUUGGCGACAAUGAAACACAAUUUAGUCUGCUAUCUCAGAAUUUUGUCCUUAGAAGAGAAUUAAUCAUGUCUGAAUACCUCCAUUACAUCCGUAAUACAAUGGUCAAGUAGAACGUUUUAUUAUAUUUAAAAAUACUCUACAGAAACCAAGAGGGUGUUGGAACACAGAAGAUUUUGGUGAGGUUCCCGCUCAUCUGUCGUUCUACACUAAGCCCUCAGACAAUUAAUAGGGUCUCUCCACCAGAAGCUUAACUUGGCAUAAAAAUACGAACACAUUUCGAUGCCGCCAGCUGUUGAGUCUCAACGAUACAGAUCAAGGGAAACACAAUCUACAUCAUGGGGCAUAAAGACGACUACUCAUUAUGGGUCGAAAAGUAUUUCCUAUGGACUAUGGUAGCAAGCAUCUUACAUAGAUAGCUGGUCGAAUCGCGGAAAGUAAAAGAAAUGCUGUUUACCAGCUGUCAUUUGUUUCGUAAGUUUGGAUGCAUCAUGCUGACCACCUAUAAAAGCAACUUUGGUCGCCAGCAACGAGACCAGACAUUCAAUACCUCUUGAUGUUUUGCUGGAAACCUUCGAAUAAAAACCCCAGAAGCGUACAGGUUAGUUUUCGUGAUGACAAAGAGUGAUAGAGCUUCUUUAUUGUCUGAAAGGUAGAAAAAUCGAUAUCAUAGACCAGUCACGCGUUUGCAGGUGGUCCCUGAUACUAAAUCCAAUGAAUUCGCUCAAAGGGGAAGUGUUAGCGGGAUAUACAUUGGAUUAAAGCAUGUUCCGUGCACGGUUGGGCUCAAGCACGUUGAUUGACCACUUAGCCCAUCAACGUCAGC